AUGACAGGUACAAAACAACACCCCAAAAACCGCCUACCCUUGGUUCGGCAAAGGCCCUACAUCUUCGACAGCGUGAAGAACCGUGGCACUCCUCAGACAGGAAUUUAUAUUUAUCCAGUGAACAGGAGGUACGUUCACUUCAGUGUAUGUAAUAAAAGUUCCCUCAGCAGUUCCGAACUGCUCUCUCAUACACACGCACAGAAGCCUCCAUCUCCCUCUCUGGUUGGCGUGAAAAGACCCAGGCGAAACUCCCAUUCACAAGGAACUCCAAAUCCCGAAGCCUCCAGCCCCAUUUUCGCACAAAUUGUUCCCUCCCUGGAUCGCGUGGGAAGGCCGAACGAAAACUCUCUCUCGGUUUGUUCUCUCCCAAGCCCAGGAAAGCCGAAUGAAGCCCCCAUCCUCCUCCCUUCCGUUCGUCUCACCAAGGAGAAAUCGUCGCCAGCCCUAACCGAUCGAGCCUUCUUCCCUUUCGACCUGCUCUCUCGCCGAUUUACCCUAGCGACCGGCUCUCUUGCACUAGCUGAUAGAGCAUCGCUACGGAACGAAGGAUUUUGUGACGUGCAAAGACACGAGCUUGCUCCUCCUGGUACGUUCUACCUCAAGCAUGUUUUUUUUUACCUCAAGCAUGUUGCAGAUUCCAUGUACCAAAGAUUUUAUGCCAAGAAGGGUGCAGCCGGAAAAGUUGCUGUUGUUUCCUUGCCAAUGGCCACUAAAACUAGAUGUUUCGAUGUAAAUAAGGAAGAAUUCAAAGUAUGCAUAUAAUUCUCCCCAAUUAUAUCAGAUUAAUUAAACUGGAUUUGUCUCA